UAAAGGGUUAAUUGAGUCGGGAGGAGCCAAACUCCAGUUUAGCCCAGAAACGUGAAUGUUACAAGAGUGAGCGCUUUACAAUGAGUGUAAUGUGUGAAUGCUGCCAUUAGGCCGAAUUAUUAUUUAGGUUACACCAUAGACUGUAUAAAAAGGGUUACACAUGGAAGAUCGGGACGCCCGGCGUUGGAAGUAAACUGGCUCGAAGUGUUUGGAAACAGCUUGAACCACAAGAAGAAGCUCUCUUUUCCGUUAUCGGCUGUUAAAAUGGAGGGAUUUGAAGGAGCCAGCAGCAGCAGCGAGAGUGUUUUAGAUCUGUCCCGUCUGAAUCUGAACAAUAACGGGUUGGACUCGCUCAGCGACAAACGACGGAAAGACACGAAGCAGCUGUACCUGUGCUACAACCGCAUGACGGUUUUACCCGAGUCCAUCUCUUUAUUCUCGAACCUGGAGUUUCUCGACAUCAGCAACAACGCGCUGUCGGUCAUCAGCGAGGACAUCACCCGACUGAACAAACUCAAAACACUCAUAGCCAAGAACAAUCGUUUGAAUGAUUCCUCUCUGCCCAAAGACUUUGGCUCUCUGCGGCUGGAAGUGUUGAAUUUGAGUGGGAACCGGUUUGAGGAGAUGCCGAGCCAGUGUCUGCAGCUGCUGUGGCUCCAGUCUCUGUCUCUGGGAGGAAACAGACUGAAGAGCAUCCCAGCAGAGAUCAAGAGUCUCGCCAGCUUAGAACUGUUGUAUCUGGGUGGUAACCAGAUCUCCUCCAUCCCUGCUGAACUAGCUAACUUACCCAGCCUCUGUUACCUAGUUCUGUGUGAUAAUCGCAUCCAGAGCGUCCCACCUCAACUCAACAAGCUCCAUUCCCUGCGCUCUCUUAGUCUGCAUAAUAACCUGCUGACGUAUCUUCCGAGAGAGAUCCUGAGCCUGGUGCAUCUUCAGGAGCUCAGUCUCAGAGGCAAUCCUUUGGUCGUACGCUUCGUCAAGGACAUGACCUAUGACCCCCCGUCACUGCUGGAGCUGGCUGGCCGGACCGUCAAAAGCAAGAACCUUGCAUACUCUCAUAAAGACCUCCCGAGCCAUCUAGUCAACUACCUAGACAUGGCCAGCAAGUGCCCCAACCCCAAGUGUGCAGAAAGUCUAGGCAACCAACAUUUUCAAGCUUUACAAAGUUCAUAAAGGGAUUGUAAAAGUAAUCCGCGUGAAUUGAGCGGAGCCAGGUCUUCUGAAGGUGCACGAUUGACUUUAAUCACAUUUAUACAAUGAUCAACACACAUACAUAAGGUGCGGCCACGUUUAACAUUAUUCGGGAAUAUUUUGGGGGUGAAAGCAGUUAUUUCAGUAGGAAUCGUCAUAACGAAAUGUUUCCAAACAUAGAUUUUGUAUUUCAGGUUGCUCACAAGUUGGAGUCAUUGCAAUGAUCAAUAGAAAUCUACUUUGUUUGAAAGUGAACGCAGCAUGUAGAGCAAGUCAAAUAUAUGUACUGUG